AUGUCGGCGCUCCUUCGGCGCGAGCUUCACGCGCCUACUGUAGUGGCCUCUCGCACAUACCCACUAUGUAUCGGUGCUGAUACGCGCCUCUAUAUUCACGUCGAGCACGACGCGCAUGAGUCAAAGCUGCCAACAGAUAACGGCACAGCAGCUGUGGAGCAGGGUCGGAUUGUGCAUCUGAUUCGCAUCGACGCGUCUGUUGACGCAUUGUCAGCACCGGAUGCUGUGAUGCGUGUUCUGUCCCCCUGUGCGCCCUACACACACCCGUCCCAGGAGCCCAACGAUAACUCGCUCGUAGCUCGCGCUCAGCGCAUGGCUCAAGCUUCCCUCAACAAAGAUCUAACAUUUGUGCAAGUGUGGACGUGCUUGUACGCGUUCUUCACACUCUGGCCUGAUCAGGAAUGGUUUGUCCUUACAAGCGACGAACAAGAUCCUUGGCGCUUACCGCUCCUGGCCUCUGGCUUGGCUAUCCCACACCCUGCACAUGUGAAUGCGAGCUACAAUGUGUCAUCGACGCCACAAGCACAUGUGAAUGCCCACGGCCAUGCGCCCCUCCUAGUAUCGCGCGCUGCAUUUUGGCAAGGUGCAGGGCCCUUCGGACCAAGCAUCUGGGUUCCAACUCUCGAGCCCGGGACUACGUUUCCUGUCGUGCUUGGUACGCACAAACUCUCCGCCCAUGGGGUGACAACCACAUCCCUGCAUCCUUUCCGAGCACCCCCAAAGACCAUGGACACCGGAGUUGCAGCCAGGAGUCUCCCUAUUUAUCGGCGUUUUAUCCCAGAGCUCGGCCAGACGCUCACCUUCCGUUGCGCAAGCUCUGCAUCUGACAUGGAUGUUGACUUGCUGCACAAGUGGCACGCCACUGAACGAGUCAACACAGGUUGGCGACAGGACAUGCCGCGUGAAGCACACAAAAAGUAUCUGGAAGAGCAGGAGGCAUCUAGCGACUCGCUCGCACUCAUAGGCGAAUGGGAUGGCGAGCCAUUCGGAUACAUGGAAGUAUAUUAUGCUAAAGAAUCCGCGCUGCGCACGUAUUUCGAUGCUGGCGACUUUGACCGUGGCUUCCAUGCGCUCGUUGGCGAAGAACGGUUCCGCGGCCCACACCGUGUCCGAUCAUGGAUGGGAAGUCUUAUUCACAUGCUGUUCCUGCUCGAUCCGCGGACCAUGCGCGUAGUGAGUGAGCCUCGUGCAAGUAAUGUCAAGAUGGUCGAGUACGAGUGCCUAUGCGGCGGACAUGUAGAAAAGCUUAUUGACCUGCCCCACAAACGUGCGGCACUUGUGUACAUUCCUCGUGAACGGUUUUUCCAACUAUGUGCUCUGGGACCUCUGCCUAGCAACAGUAGUCAUGAUGCCAGUCGCAGCGCCUGA